AUGGCUAUUGUCAAGCAAAUCCCGUUUCGGAACACCGGUAUCAAAAUUUCACCUAUUAUCGUGGGAUGUAUGUCGUACGGUUCGAAAAAUUGGGCUAAAUGGAUCGAAGAUGAUAAGGAAAAGGUCUUUAAAAUUCUGAAACAUUGUUAUGAUCAGGGGUUGCGUACGUUUGACACGGCUGAUGUGUAUUCUAAUGGUCUCUGUGAGAGGCUGUUAAAAGAAUUUUUGGAAGAAUACAAGAUUAGAAGAGAAACUGUCGUCAUUAUGACAAAACUUUUCUUCCCCGUGGAUGAAACAUUGGAUUUAUCUCUUGGUGGUGCCAUUGAAGAUGGAGUGGGUAAGUUGGAUUUGACUAAUCAGCAGGGCCUUUCCAGAAAACAUAUUUUGGACGCUGCUAAAAAGUCGGUAGAAAGAUUAGGUACUUACAUUGAUGUAUUGCAGAUCCACAGGUUCGAUCCAAAUACCCCGGUUAAGGAAACAAUGCGAGCUUUGAACGACGUGGUUGAAAUGGGUCUUACCAGGUACAUUGGUGCGUCUUCUAUGCUUGGUACUCAGCUUGCCGAAUUGCAGUUCACUGCUGAUAAAUACAAUUGGUUCCAAUUUGUGAACGUUCAAUCUUGUUACAAUCUGAUAUACAGAGAAGAUGAGCGUGAAAUUAUCCCAUUUGCCAAGAGACACAAUCUGAUGCUGACUCCUUGGUCACCAAACCACGGUGGCCUUCUAACGAGACCAGUCGGUGUCGAAUCUGCCAGGUCUUCUACUGACAUUAUUCUUAAUGACUGGGGUAUGAAACACUUGAAACCGUGGGAAAUCACUAUCGUAAACCGUAUCGAAGAGCUCGCGAAGAAGAAAAACGUGUCAAUGGCUGUGAUCUCCGCCGCCUGGGUCAUCAGUAAAGGUUGUGCUCCAAUUAUCGGUAUGAGCUCUAUCGCCAGAGUGGACGACAAUAUUAAAGCCCUGGACGUCCAAUUCACCAAUGAAGAAAUGAAAUAUUUGGAAGAACGAUAUGUACCAAGAGAUUUGAUCAUGUAA